AUGGGCUCAAAGAGACCCCUCUCGUCCCUCUACAGUGGCUACGAGUUUGACUACGACUAUUACAGAGAUGAUUUCUACAGCAGACUCUUUGAGUACCACGGCCGCGUGGUGCCCCCAACCCGGGCUGUGAUCCCCAUCAAGCGUUCACGGAUAGUUGUCCCAUCCACACGCAGAGCCAAGACUUCUUUUCCCAUCAGGGCCUGUUCUUCGUCUUCUUCAUCCUCCUGCUCAUCGUCCCGAGCUCUCAACACUGGCUCCUCAAUCACUGGCCCCAAACUGAAGACAGACCAACUCCUUACAAUCAAGAAGGAGCUGUCACAGAUCAAAACAAAGAUCGACUCACUGCUCGGAAGGUUGGAGAAGAUUGAGAGGCAACAUCGAUCUGAUGCGGAGAUGCAGAGGAAACAGGAGGAGGUGUGUGAGUGUCUCCAUGGUGACGCAGCAGACAAUUCUGGUGGAGAGGAAGCGGAGGGGACAGCCGCCGUGGAGGCGGGCGAGAUGACUGAUGGCGGCGAAGACGACUUUGAAGAUGAAGGCCCCACCGACAUGGUGAGCAAGCCAAGUAGACAUUUACAGUCUCGACAGGGAGUGAGUGGGUUCUUCUGUCUUUAA